CUCCAAGUCUUUCCAACAACGAUUUCUUACGAGAUGUCUAUUCAAACUGCACACCGACAAUUUUUUCUCGAAGUACCUUCUAACCAACUGCAGGGAUAAUCAUCACCUUGGUCAUCGCUGGAUUUGUUCGAGCCUCAGACAAAAACAUCGUCCUUCCCCAUCUAUAGCAAUCGAUGCUCCCACCCGGCCUCCAAUCAUCACGCGAGGUCACACUAUACCAUGACAAACUCUACUACAACCUCAUCGACUCCGGCCAAGCCGUUCCCUUCGUCUAUCCAUACGCGGGCCUCGCAGCCUUCCUGGUCCUCGCUUACCUAUUGAUCGACCAUCGACAAUCCCCGACACUGGCAUGGCUUCGAUUCCCGGCUUUCGGUCUCCUACUCGGCUUCCAGGCAUGGUGCGUUCUGUACAUGCGAGCGAAGCAUCCGGCGGCGGCGUUGGGGGUUGGCUUGCUUUCGGCUUGGGGUGUGUUGUGGGUUGCGGCGAUUAUGGUGGUGAAUGAUUGUCAGACGGAUUGGGUGCGGUUGGAGAGAGGCAAAGCGACGGAAACGAAUGGAGUGCAGAAAGGUGGCGGACUGAAUGAUACGAUGGAGCGUUCUUCCAACUCGACGGAGACUCAUCCGAAAGCGACGGCGGAGGGACGUGAACUCCCUUCUCAGAUUGAAUGGCAGUCUUACCCUGCAUCCUUCCGCGACCGCAUCGACUGGGUCGCCGAUGUCUUUUGCAACUUCCGCGGCGUCGGCUGGAGCUGGCAGACAUCAGGCAUUCCGCCUCCACCCCAACCAAUCGAAUCGACCGCAGCACACACCAGACUUCCCGAAGAUGGAGCCAUCACCACAAGUCGAACCGGCAUCCGACGCUUCAACAACAAACACGCCCUCCUCAAAACCACCGCCCUCAAACUCCUCGGCGGCUACUUCGCCCUCGACCUCAUCGUAACGCUCAUGCACCGCGACCCCUACUUCUGGGGCUACGCCGCACCCCCCUACCCCCCAGCCCCCACCUACCUCCCAAUCCUGGUCCAAACCUCGCCCAUCCUCACCAAAUCCUACCGCCUCACACUAGGUCUCAUGGGCCUCUACACCGCCCUCUCGCAAGCCUUCGCCCUUGGACCCCUCUUCUUCUGCGCCGUCCUCGGGCCCGCUCGCAUAGGCCUCCGCGGCGAAAGCUGGAUGAAUCCCGCCGAUAUGUUCGGCAGCUACGCCUGCGUUUUCGACCAAGGGCUCGCGGGCUGGUGGGGCGGAUGGUGGCACCAGACGUUUCGCUUCGGCUUUGAGACGGUCGGACACAGAGUCCUCAGCGCGCUGGGCAUCGAGAGGAAAUCGAAGACGGGCCGCACGGUUGCGCUGUUCGUCGCUUUCUUUCUUUCCGGCUGUGUCCAUGCUGCUGGGAGUUAUACGCAACUUGGCGAGACGCGGCCUUUGCUGGGCCCGAUGCGGUUUUUCCUGUUACAGGCGGUGGGCAUCUUGGUGCAGGUUUGGCUGACGGAGUACUUGCAUCGGAUGCCGGGUGUUCGAAGCUCGCCGAGGUGGGUGAGGCGGUUGGCCAAUUUCGUAUAUGUGCAUGUCUUUUUGUUCUGGACUGGUCCACUUCUUCUCGACGAUUUCACGAACGGCGGCUGCUUUUUGUACGAGCCGGUCGCAUUUAGUCCGCUUCGAGCAUUGGGUUUUGGCGCAAAGGAUGACGGCUGGUUCUGCUGGUGGAAUGGCAUCUUGUUCUGGAGGAAUGGGAAGCAUUGGAGCGACACGGGCAUCGCGGCAUAAUUUCGAAGGAAAAUGCAUUUUU